AUGCUAUUUCACAUUUUAGUAGUGGUUGGUAUUUUAAUGUUUGUCGGCGUGAACUCGUUUUUACUUAAGAAUCAUCUACACACUUCACCUUUAAGCUAUUAUAAGACUGAUACUACACUAUUUGCACAUAAAACUGGAACCAGCAACACCAAGAAUAAUCGUGACAGCAGACCCAAGUAUCUGGGCCUCAAGAGGUCCCAUAACAUGUUUGUGUAUACCGGCAAUAUUAUCGCAAGACAGCGUGGAGCCCAUUUCAAGCCAGGGAAAGGCGCUGCCAUGGGCCGCGACUUUACCAUUUACGCUAAACGGUGUGGUCGUUUACAGGUAGUCAAGAGGCGAAUCAGCGUCUUAGACCUGGCCUCUGAACAGCGUUAUUUGAAGGACUCUGCUAAAAAUUUUGAGUCUCCUACCAUAACAAUGUUUUCAAGACUGUGGACGAAAAAGCCUCUAAAGUGA